AUGGUCGCUCGCGGCCGUGUCUGCUGUCUGAGUCUCUCGACAGCACUCGCUCUUCUCUCGUGCGCGCUUCUUCUCGUCAGUUUGCUCUCCGCCUCUUUUCGAUAUUUUGAUGAGAGCGGUGCUCGUCGUAGUUAUGGUCUCAUACGGUUUUGUUAUUCGCCACCGUCGAAUGAAAGAGCCGUGGAGGACGAUAGCAACUCGAAAAUAUGCCAUCUGCGAACUUAUAUCAACUCGGCGUACUGUGUCUCAGACAUAUCGUCGUCUCAUAAAUCGACGAGAAACUGUUUCGGCGAGUUCGAACUCGCCACAAUCAUUCUAAUGUCAGCUUCGAUGGCCUGUUGUCUUCUAGCAUUUUUCUUCUCGAUUUGCACGAUUUUCACCUCAUUCGGAGCUCUUGCUCACAGUGUCAUUCUUAUUGCUGCAACUAUUUGCUCGGUUUCCGGAUUUUUUGCCUACACAUUUUUCUACGAACUCAAGGAAAAUCAAUACGAAACUAUCAAAGGAUAUCAGUUUCAGCUUCACUACGGUUGGGCAUAUUAUAUUUUUGGAUUUGCCGGAUUUUUGCAAUUCGUGGCAGUUGGCUGCAGCUUGUUCGGAUCGGCAAUGGUUCUUGUUCACAAAAAUAAGAAAAGACAGUCGAAAGUGCAAAGCACUUCCUUGUAA